UCGACCUACCUUAUCACCACAUAUCUACCUAGGCAGUUAGCCACGGCAGCCGCAAUCGUCUCCAUUACCUAUCUCCAUAGUCAAAUCAGUCGACUUCCACCUUCUUGCCCACCAUGCCUGCUACAACAAAACCCCCAGUCAUACCCCCGAGACCGUCCAAGGCUCAAGACCAGACCUUGACCCCGAUGAUCCCUCCCCGCCCCACGAACCGGCGCUUGCGCUCCGUCAGCCCGAAUCCCGACCGUUUCGCACCGUCACCCUUGAACGAGCCCGGCUUCCUCAGCAAGUCCCCCAAGCCAUCGAAUCUCGGCCCUCUUGGUACCCACGAUGACGAGCCCAUCCACCGCCCCAACUCGGUUGAACUGCCGUCCGUCGGCGAGGAGGGCAAGGAAUACGCUGCCAUAGCCGAUGAGACAAGAUCCUCCGAGGAUACGAGCGCCGAUCCUGAGCAAACUCGGACUGUGGCUGAAGACCUCAAACUUCACGCCCCCAAGCCGUCCUUGCCUGCGUCCAGUGCAAAGCAGCGGGUUCAAGCCGUUACCCGCACCGACAGUGAGCGGGCCGCCUCGUUUGGCAUCGGACGCGCGAGCAGCGCCGAGGACUCGACCCCCGCCUUGCCGUCAAACCGCAGCCUCAAGAAGAAAGCGAGUACCGCCAGUCAGCUGUCUGGGACCGAGAGAGAUAUCGACGAUGAGCAGGGGAUUCCCGAAAUCGGUCAGCAGGUGCCCAUGUACAGAAAUGCCGGCGACGUCCAGGCUCCCUCGCCCGCCCCCUCAACGUCCGAGGGCUCUAAGGGCAGGCAUGUUCGGAAGACAUCUGCACAUGGAAACCCACCGCCUGGCAGCUACGGCUUGCAUGGUCACGGCGCGGCACCACAAGAUAAGCUCGAGAAGGCCUACUAUGAAAAGCACCCAGAUCUUCUGAAGAAGGAACACAUGCCGCACCAUUACGACCGCCCGAAUGACUAUUCUAUGAGUCAAAACGACCUCAACAAGAUUGUCAAGGAGACGGCGAGCCGCGGCUCUGGUGGUGUUAGUACCAAGAACCAUACCGGCACGCCCAGCGAACAGGUCGGUUGGCAAGCACUCGAAGAGUCGGUAUCCAGGAUAGCGUCCCCGGAGCCCAAAUCGACAUCCAUCUACAUCGACGAGCCUCGGAGGCGGUCUGUGAUGGCUGGUGAGACGGAGUCGCUGACGGCCGACGAGGUGGACCACCCGUAUACGGCUCCCAUAUUAGCUGACGACGACGUUGCGAAGAAUCCCGCCGAGUCGCCCGCCUCCGGAUUGGAGAGUCCUUCGACCCGUCCGACGAGUCGGCCCACCAGUUUGUACAAGGAGACCUCGUUUGAGCUCCAGCACACGCCCCUAGAGGAUGUGAAAGAGUACGAACCGCUGUUUGAAGACGACGAAAAUCAAGAUGCAAAGAAGCCCACAACCACAGAUAACCACCGGACAACCCAACCGCAUCGAUUCCCCAGUGCCGAUGUUUGGGAAGAUGCGCCCGGCAGUGUUCUCCAAACGGCCGAGGUUUCCACCCCCGAGUUCGCGGACGGGGAAGAGAAACCAACCCGGAACGCUGUGCCACCACCAAGGGAGGGCGAGACCCCAGUCCAGGCUUUCGCUCGUUACCAGGAAGAGCUCGCCGAGAAGGAAUCCCACGGGAAGCGCGCCACGCAAAAGGCCCCAUGGCCACAGAACCAAAAGCACCCCGCCCCCGAAAAGUCUGCCGCCCGCCCAGCCAUGCAACAGCGCUUCCCCAGCCGCGACGUUUGGGAGGAUGCGCCGGAAAGCCUGCGCCUAGAGACCACGGUCUCAACACCGCAACAGGACGAGGCUCCAUCGCCCUCACCAGUAGACGUCCAGAAACCCAACGUUCCCGGGCGGCCCGAACCCAAGGUAAAAUCCCCGGACGCGCCUUCACCUGCCGAGAAGCCCGCGAUCCCGAGCCGGCCUAAACCGAGACAGCCUUCAGCCGACGACAAGCCGGCGGUCCCGGGCCGCCCGAAACCACAAAUCCCCGCCCGCCCCGCCAAAGCCAGCCCAACACCGGGCGGCCCCGAGCCCGCCGAAGGUGCGGCCCCACCCCGCCAGAAACCAGCGGUGCCCGCCCGUCCGAUGGGCUCCAAGAUUGCCGCCCUGCAGGCCGGCUUCAUGAGCGACCUGAACAAACGUCUGAAGCUGGGCCCGCAGGCGCCGCCUUCGAAGCAGGAAGCAUCACCGGAGGAUGAAGGGCAGGCCCCGGCUCCGAAAGAGAAGGUACCGCUUACCGAUGCGCGCAAGGGGCGUGCCAGGGGCCCGCAGCGGAGGGCCCCUGCUACCAAGGCAGCGGCAGUGGCCUCUCCUGAAGUGAAGGCGGAGGAGAAGUCGCAGGUUGCGUCUGCGGUUGUGUCGGCGGUUACUUUCUUUGAGAUCGAUCCGGACGAGGGCGUGUUGAGUGCGGGGGUGGUGGACAAGGCCCGGCCAGAGGCGGAGUUCAAACCUGAACCCGAGGUUGCGGCGGGGGAGGUGAAGAUAGAGGAACCUAAAGCGGAGGAAUCCAAGGUGGAAGAACCUAAGACGGAGGAAACAAAGACGGAAGAGACUCCCGUCAAGGAGACGACGGACGUGGUUACGCCUGGGGCCAUCACUGCCGCCGCUCCUAGAGAGAAGGAAGGAAAGGAAGACGAGCAGGGCACGGUCGAGUCAGAAAAGGAAGAGGUUUCAGAGCCAAAAACUACACCUGAGUCUGAAGCCGAGGAAAAGCCUGAACCCGCGGCGGCAAAGUCUGACCCCGAACCCAAACCGGAGCCUGAAGUCAAGACCAAGGCUGUGCCCGAAUCCGGGUCGGACGCCCAACCGGAGCCGGAGGGGCAAGAGACCAAGUCCCUUGCGACCAAUAUGGCCGGCGAAACCCUAAUCAAGGAAGAGAUCAAGAAGGACGAGGGGCACCAGGAGGUGGAGCCCGUGAAGGUGGAGGAGAAUUAAAGCAGGGCACCUCAGCCGGCUUAGUGAACGGUUCAAGAGGGAUAGACUAGGCGGGUGGCGUGGCUAGCCAGCGGUUGUUUCUCACCUCUUUCUUCCUCUG